GACGUCACACAACGGAUGUGAUGUCAGACUGUUCGCAGUCCGGCAAUGGCGAGCUAGAGCCGAAGAAGGAAGAGGGAGAGAGAGUCACUCGAAUCCGAUGCAAUCCUGCGCGCAGGUGGCCAGAAUGACAAUAAAAUUUGGUGGAGCAUAAUCUACGGCGUUUAACGUGUCGUCUGGUGUGGAUAUUGUCGGGGUGCAUUUGGAAAGAAGCGAGAAAAGUGUUGGUGAAAAUCCCUCUGUGAGAGAGACUGAGAACAGACAGACACACACACACAGAGAGGGAGAGAAAUAGAGUUUCUCUGAGUAACCCGGGUUAAAAUCAAACUCACACAGUGGGCACCAGGCGAAACCCACCAUGGAACUCAGAGUGGGAAACAGGUACCGACUCGGCAGGAAAAUCGGCAGCGGGUCCUUCGGAGACAUUUACCUGGGAACUGACAUUGCUGCAGGAGAGGAGGUGGCCAUUAAGCUGGAAUGUGUGAAAACCAAACACCCACAGCUACAUAUUGAGAGCAAGAUAUACAAGAUGAUGCAAGGAGGUGUUGGCAUUCCCACUAUCAAGUGGUGUGGUGCGGAGGGAGAUUACAACGUGAUGGUGAUGGAGCUGCUUGGACCAAGUCUCGAGGAUCUCUUUAAUUUCUGCUCUCGUAAAUUCAGCCUUAAGACAGUCCUCCUUCUCGCUGAUCAGAUGAUCAGCAGAAUUGAAUACAUUCAUUCGAAGAAUUUUAUCCAUCGUGAUGUGAAACCUGAUAAUUUCUUAAUGGGGUUGGGAAAGAAAGGCAACCUGGUCUAUAUUAUUGACUUUGGGCUAGCAAAAAAAUACCGGGAUGCACGAACACACCAACAUAUACCAUACCGUGAAAAUAAGAACCUUACAGGAACAGCUCGAUAUGCUUCGAUCAAUACCCAUUUGGGAAUAGAACAAAGUCGCCGUGAUGAUUUGGAAUCCUUGGGCUAUGUUCUGAUGUACUUUAACUUAGGAUCGUUGCCUUGGCAAGGUCUGAAGGCAGCAACAAAAAGACAGAAGUAUGAACGCAUUAGCGAAAAGAAAAUGUCGACGCCAAUUGAAGUGCUCUGCAAAGGUUACUCAUCUGAGUUUGCCACGUAUUUGAACUUCUGCCGCUCUCUACGUUUUGAUGACAAACCAGACUACUCCUACUUGAGGCAAUUAUUUCGCAACCUCUUUCACCGCCAAGGCUUUUCCUAUGACUAUGUGUUUGACUGGAACAUGCUCAAGUUUGGAGCCAGCAGAGCUGCCGACGACGAUCGUGAACGGAGAGAGCGAGAAGAAAGAAUGAGGCACGGCCGAAAUCCAGCAGCACGGGGAUUACCUUCGACUGCUUCCGGAAGGCUUAGAGGAAAUCAAGAAGUGGCACCACAGACACCCCUCACACCCACAUCCCACACUGCUAACACAUCUCCACGCCCUGUCUCUGGCAUGGAACGGGAGCGAAAAGUGAGCAUGAGGUUACAUCGUGGCGCUCCUGUUAAUGUUUCCUCAACAGAUUUAACUGGACGUCAAGACGCAUCACGAAUGUCAACAUCACAGAUAUUUCUCGACGAAUUACGGUGGAGGUUGUGAGGAUGCAUUCCUGAAUAGCCUCCCUUUCGAGCAUCAUGGCAUGUAGCUGGUCCAAACGCACUGAAGGCAGCAUUGGGUGAGUGUACCUCAGUCCCGUCUCAUUGAAGUAGAAGAGACCAAGGAUGGAAUGCUUUGAAGCACAUUUUGUAGGGAUCAGUCAGUACUAUAAGGUGCCACAAAAUUCCCAUUAUUAAUCUCACUCCAUGUGCAAGAUCUUUCUCAUUUUUUUCAUUUAAGGUAAAUAUUGAUGUCUCAGCCUUUGUAUAAUGCUUUACAGAUAUGAUUGUAAAGAACAUUAGCGUUUUGUCCACAUUCAGCUUGUCUACAACAUUUUAUCUUGUACAGUUUGUAUCCUUACAAAUGUGUGUUUACCAUGCUCGACAAAGGGCAAGGGCACUGAUGCUGGAGUCUUCAACUCGUUUUGCAGUGUAUUUUAAAUAUUGGCUCCAAAUUUACAACUGCUUCAAGAAUAUAACCAUUCAUAGCCAAAUCAGAACUACCUCUGCAUUCAUCGGAUAUUGAUGGAGUUGUGCAAAUGGUCCAUUUCACAUAACUGACCCAAAAUGUAAUGCAGAACAUGUCACAUUUUCUAAGUGCAGGAAAGGUCAGUCAAACCUGACCUGUUUUAUAAGUAUUCUCAAUCACAUUCAGUACAGGGAGAUAUGGAUGAAAUAUGAUCUCUGUUAUUGAACCUAAUAAGAUUUCAGCUUAUUCAACUGUACUAGAAUGGAUACAGCAUAAGAUGACACCAGUAUGAAUACAGGCUGAGAAAUCAUUAUAAAUGUUUGAAUAUUCAGAUGAAUAUGCAUAUGUAAAACUUUGUGGGUUAGGGAAUAGGACAAGAUUCUGCUUCAUUUUUUACAUUACAGGUCUGUGUUUAAGGGAAAAUAAAGCUCGAUGCAUGGAUAUUGAAAAGUAGUUCAACAUUUCCAUGCUAAAAGUGGAGAAGAUCAGGUGUAUCUUUGUUCUUGUAUUGCCUGGUGCUUUUCCCAAUCAUUUGCUGCAACUUGUUAUCCUGCUUGUAAUUUAUGCAUCCCACACAAGACUGCAUUCUGGCUGCUGUAUUUCCAUGGACCCUUAAUUUGCAUUUUUUUGGUCUGAGUUAGUGUAGACCAUGUCUGCAGUGAUACUUGACAUUUGUAGGUUUUGGCCUGGUUUCCAUUUAAUCUGUUUAUGAAAUCUUGAUGCACGGUCUUCUGCUUUGAUACUAUUGCUGCUUUGUUCAAGACUGUACUGUCUGCAUGGGGGUGGUGGGUAGUAUUGCAGUGUUGUAACUUCUUUCCUUCAAAUAGGAAAUUAAAGGAGAUAUGUUAUUUAAACUGAGAUUCCUAUACCACCAUUUGAAUUACGCUGGUUCAGUAAGUGAAUAGAUUCUUAAUAUAUUCUUGGCAUGCUAUUCCGAUAGAUUAUAGUCCAUUGUCUAAAGACAGUAAAUAAAUUGAUGGAAGAAAAAGGGAUGUUAGCAGCUGGUACAGUUUGGUGGCACCUAUCUCCAGCAUGAGACAAUGUGCAAAGAAACAUUUGUGUUUGGAGUAUUCGUUUUUAUCCCAGUUUACGUAUCAAGAUUUUCUCUGAAUUUGCUCAAGGAGGUGUACAACAGAAACUGCUCUUACCUUUCAACUGAGUGAUAAGCUCAGUCAACACUGCUCCCUAUCACUUCAGAUAAUAUUGUCACCACUGUGAUACUUACUGUGUAUUAGGAGUGUCUGUGUGUUAGUUCAGAUGUAAGUUGCCAAUUUGUCUGCUUAAAGUCUGUAAAGUAGACUUAAGUACAAGUUCGUGGUUGGAUCAUAAAUAUCAAAUACAGCAGUGCAGCAGGGGCUACCCUCCAGAUUUGACUAUUCCAAACUUGUUUUCAGUUAAAUACUGAACAAAACCAAAAACAUUAUAUUGUGGUUUGGUGCCACAGAAUAAACAAUAUUUUGAUUACCGUUUUACAGGGUAAAGAGAAAUGAAGUAAGUUCAAACUUACUAUUUCAUCCACAAUUCUUCAAAUUGGUAUGUUGACACAAAAUGGCAAGGUGUGUGGCUACAGAAAUACCUUAUAGCAUUUUUGUUGAGAUGUUUGGAACUUUUAGCUAAUCGUUAUGUUAUGGUUGUCACAAAUUAGUGCCAGAGAAGCCAGUAAAUGCUCGUCAAAAGACUAAAAAUUAUUUUUGUCAGAGAUAAUUACUGCAGGUCAGUAUUUAAAUAUUUGUUGUACUUCAAGACUGACAGAUAUUUCAACAGAAAUAUGUUAGUGGAUUUACUCUGGUUGUUAAAUCAGGGCUUUCCAAAGUAAGGUCAGGAAUCCACAGGAUCUUGACCUGAAAGUUUGGGGUUGGGAGCUCCAAGGUAGCACUGAGUGCUGAGGACCUCUGCCCCCUUUCGCCUGCUCUCUCAGGCAUCACCUUCUCUCAUAGGUCAUCCUGUUUCCUGGUUCUCACCAACAUCUCUUGAUAUUCAGAUUUUGAGAUGGGGUCACAAUCGGAGAGAAAUUUGGCUUGCACUGUAUUGGGUGUAUACCGGUCACACCUGCUAAUCCUGAAAUGUAAUAAAUAAUUAGAGUUGAGAGUAAAUUGUGUCUUCAAUAAUAUCAAUAAAUUCAAUGAAUAGCUAAUACAUCUUUUAAAAGUUUGUACUUGCAUCUUUAGUUUUGGUACUGUAUUUAAAUGUUUUGUGUUGCCAAUGACAGUAUUUUCUUGGGUGGCAUUUUAGGCUUUUUAAAUUCUCAAAACAUGAAAUUGUUUGCAAUUUUAAAAUAUAACAUAUUUAGUUUGAAAUUUCAAAGUCCAGUUAGAGUAGGAAGUUCAGUUAAGUUUGUACUGCUCUCGAUCCAGUAUUCGAGUAUACUUUGGUCUGUUCUGCUGUGACCAGCUUCAUUCUUAUACUCCUAAUGCAAAUGUAUAUUGUGUGUAGUGGAGUUACUGAAAUCCAUUUUGUUGGAAUAUCCUCAUCUUUUAGAAAGCUACCUUUUGGUAAAAGGUAAGAGAGAAUUUGGAAUUUAGUGUUUUCUAUUCAAAGUUGUUUCCUCCAGUUUUACCUGUCCGGAAAUUAAUUUCUGUGAAACCAAGGUGAAGAUGCUUUGUUAAUAAUCCUGACCUUGAACACACAUUACUUGUGUCUUUAGUGCUUCUCUGUUUUAAUGCUUCUUUAUUAGUUAAACUUUUCAGUGUGAUGACCCUUUGCACUGUAAAUUCUAGCAAAGGAAUCCGCCCUGCUUAAUAGUGGUUGCCAAUCAAAAAACUAAUAUAAUAGUUAGUGAUAUCCCCUGGUAAAUGUAAAUUUAUGGCACAUGUAGUUCAUGCUAGAACUUUUGAAGUUUCGAGGGUUAAUAGUGUGUAUUUUCACUUGAGAGUACUAUCGAUCCCGGAGAUUGAAGUGAUUUCUACAGUUCAGAAUAUCAUAUAUUACCAAGCCAGGUAUGCAGUGAACAAAACCCAAAUUUCAGCUUCCGCUGCCAGUGGCAUGACUUGACCCCUGUUUUAACAACACCUUUCUUCAUACAAUUUUGGUGAGACUAUUGCCAUUGUUUUUGUUCCAACACCUUUGUGGUUUCUGAAUUUGUAUGUUUUGAAAAAUCAUUCAAAAGUCAUUGUUAAUAAUGUUCCUCUGACAUGCAACUUUUAGAAGACAAUCCUUUGAUUUGACCGUUGCUCACUAAGAAUUGGGUUAAGGUGCUUCUGUUUAGUUUACUUAUAAACCAUAUAGCGGACAGCAAGAAAACUAUCAGCCACCAGUCAGGACUGGAUUCGCACACAUUUCAGAGUUGGAAAGUUUGAACAUCUUACCCAGAGUUUUCUUAAUGGAUUUCCUAAAAUGCAUUUUUAAAAACUCAGUAUCAUCUAGUUUUAUUUGCUUAUAUCAUCUAAUUGACAAAGUGUUAUGCCAUAAGCUUUUUGCUCUAUCCCACAUUUUCUGGCUUUCUUGUGUUUGUAUUUGUAUUCUGCAUUACCCUAACAAUGUAUGUCAGUGAUUGAACUUUAAGACUGAGCGGCUUAUUGGUGCUGAUACUGAUAGGGCACUAAUUUUUUCUCGUUUGCUUCUUC